AUGAUGUUCCUCUCCGAUGUGGCUACUGCCUACCGAUGGUCGACUAGACUUGGCGUUGACUGCAUAGCGCCCCUGGACUGGAACUCAUCGGCGCUGCCGGUAGGAAAUGUGGAGAUUUCCGGGCCGAUACGGCUUCUGGGUACGGCCGGCUGGAAAGUGGGAAAGUCGAACCUUCCCGUCAACGUUCGGACGUACCAUGACCCUGUAUCGUGGCUUCUCUGA